AAUUAUAAGUAAGUAAAAUAUUAGAAAUAUAGUUUGCUGUUAAUAAUUAAUUGUUUGUUUGUUUAUUUAUUUAUUUAUCAAAAUAUGGACGAAUAAUAUGAUAUUAAUACUAUAGAUGCCCAUGAUUUUAAUACACCUAGAAAAAAUUAAUAAAAUUUGAAAUCUAGACAAUCUGUAAAUAGUUUUAAGAGAAUAGGAUCCAACUUUGAGAUUCCAUAUUAAUCUCAAGAACCAAAAUCAGGAUAUAAAAAUUACUCAUCUUUAGUAAGCGAAGUUCCUCAAAAAAAUUCUUAAUAAGAUAUUAAAAGCAUCACAUUUAAUGUAUCUCCGUUUUAGUUUUACUCCAAGCACAAUACUAGAUAAAGUAGUCAUGAUUUUGGUACAAAGAUUAAAGAUUUAAGCACUGAUAAUAUAGCAUUUAACUAAGAUAGUACCAAUAAAUAAUAAUAGAUACAGCAGCUUAAACAGUUUUCAUUUUCUAAAGAAAACAUAGAUUAGCUCAAAUCCAAGGAAUCUAAUGCGAAAUAAGAAAUAUUGAAUGAAUCCUAAAUUAAUAUUUAGAAAAAAUCUCCUCUUGGUAUUCCUUUUUAGCCUUUUCACCACACUAGAAGUGGAUUCAAAUCAAAAAACAAUUUAGAAGAUGGUAAUGGCUCUCCUUAAAAUUAAAAUUUGAAUCCGUAGUUUAAUCAGAGCUAAAUUACAGAAUAGAGAAGUGAGUCUCAAUUGGGAAAUAUAAGAAAUAAAUCAUGUUUUGUUUAGAGAAAUGAUAAUGAUGAAUUUUUAAAUAAAUAUGAUCAAAAAAUAUUUGAUAUAAACUAAACUUUAAAGUAAAUUUAGUUAUACAAAAAUAAUCUUGAUUAAAUGUAAAAGUAAUCAAAGAAGAGAUCAAAAUCUUAGAAUAUGCAAAAUACUAAUUCUGAUCAUAAAUUUAAACUCCCUGCAAUAAAAUAGCCAGUUAUGUAUUUCUCCCCAAUUGACUAGCCAUCUCCUAAGAGCUAAAAAAAGAUGAAAAAAGCAAAAAAAUAAAAAUAGCAGGGAAUGGUUUCUCUAGCAAAAUAAAUCUUAAACAAUAUGCCUCAAGAAAAAUUAGCAAACUUGAUGGCAAUUAAUAUGUAUAAUUAAGCAUUGAUGAAAAAGGAAAUCAACUAAGAGAAAAUUACAACUGUUAUUGAAGAAUAAAAUAAAUUACUUUCCAAAAUGCUUGAGUAAUAUGAAAAGAAACAAUUAGAUACCAAAAAAUAAUUAAAAACGAAUUUCUCUAAAUACGACGACGAUUAUGACAAAUAAAAAUUCUAAAAAGAUAAAAAGAACUUUGAAAAAGUUUACUCGAACAUACAAAAAUAGUUUGAAUAAUAAGUUAAUUAGAUUGGCUUCCAACCUUAAAUAGAUAAUAACGAAAAUUACUUGAGUAAGCCUCUUUUGACUGAUAGUGAUUUGCCUGAUUAAAUAAGAAAUACAAAACACCUAAAAAGAAUACAUACCCACACACAAAAAUAUAAACAAUUUAUUCCAAGUAAAAUUAGCUAACCUCCAAUGUAAUUUUGA